AUGAAAUUUUCUACUGCUUUUUCUGUUACUUUGUUAGCAUUGGCUAAAUUAAUUGUCGCUGACUCCGAACAAUUCGGUUUGGUUUCUAUUCGUUCCGGUAGUAAUUUGCAAUACGCUUCUGUCUACUAUCAAGAUGAUAAGUUAUACGUUGGAUCUGGUAGUGACUCCCUCGGUGGUACUGUCACUGAUGCUGGUAAAUUGAAGUUGACUGAUGAUAAAUUCGCUGUGGUCAACUCUGACGGUUCUAUUGGUGAAGGUUCCGAAGACGACGGUACUGCCAAAUUUUCCAUUAAGAACGGUCAUUUGGCUUAUAACAAUAUCGAUGGAUUCUAUGCUAUUCCAACGGACUCCAAAUACGUGCUAUCUGUUACGAGAAGCGAUGACUCUACUGGCAUUGCGCUAAAGGCAAUGGGAUCUGGUGGUCAAUCUGUCGCAGAUUUCAUUCCAUCUGGUGAUGAUGAUACUACUACCACUACUUUGUCUUCCGAGACUUCUACUUCCACUGAAGCUCCUACUUCAACUGAGGCCACCACUUCCACCGAAGCCCCUACCUCUACCGAAGCUUCUAGCUCCAAUGCAGAUGCCAUUUCUCAAAUUGAUGAUGGUCAGAUCCAGGCUGCUACUACAACUACUGCUGAAGCGGCCUCUCAAAUUGAUGAUGGACAAGUUCAGGCUACUACUGCUACCACUGCAGAAGCUGCCUCUCAAAUUGAUGAUGGACAAGUUCAAGCUACUACCGCUACCACUGCAGAAGCUGUCUCUCAAAUCGAGGAUGGUCAAAUUCAAGCGACUUCGAGUGAUGUUCAAGUUGUCGAGAGUAACGGUGCUCAAAAGGGUGCUAUUGGCUUAGGUGCUGGUGUCUUUGCCGCUGCCGCUGCCUUUUUACUCUAA